CAGGUAUAAAAGAGAGCAAGGCCACGUAGGAGGACACACACACAGACACACACGCACGCCGAUCGUAUAGACACAACACACACAGUGGCAACAUGGGCAGAAUCAUCUUCUACGAGGACAAGAACUACCAGGGUCGCAGGUAUGAGUGCGACAGCAACUGCGCCGACUUCCACUCCUACCUGAGUCGCUGCAACUCGGCCCGGGUGGAGAGCGGGACCUGGGUGAUCUACGAGAGGCCGAACUACGCGGGCUACCAGUACGUCCUGAAGAGAGGCGAGUACCCGGACUACCAGAGCUGGAACGGCCUCAACGACAGAGUCAGCUCCUGCAAGAUCAUCCGCUUUGUGGCGAGUGGCGACCCUUACAAGAUCCAGCUCUACGGGAAAGGCGACUUCGCUGGUCAGGUGUUCGAAGCGACUGAGGACUGCCCCUCGGUGCUGGAGAAGUUCCACUGGAGGGAGAUCCACUCCUGCAGGGUCCUGGGAGGCUGGUGGGUCUUCUACGAGCAUCCCAACUACAAGGGCCGCCAGUACCUGCUGGAGAAAGGCGAGUACCGCAAGUCGGUGGACUGGGGCGCCGUGUGCCCCACGGUGCAGUCCUUCAGGAGGCUGAACGACUAGACGAGCUGCUUUGGUCCCAAGAGACGCAAUAAACCUGACUGACGAGA